AUGAGUUCACCCCCUAGCGUCCCUUCGCCACGCCGCAUUCUGCAGCCUCAUACAAUGACUGUUGAGCAGUUACCCCAUUUCCUACAAGAGAUGAAUCAAAUGCUUGCACUAGAAAACGAAAAGCUGCACCAACAAUGCGCUUCCCUCAACACAUCAGUCGACCAAAUGGAGGCUGUACUGGAUUUGCAACAGCGCCUUAUCCGUUUGGGAGAGGAACAUAUAACCUUGCUCGAGGAAAUACUCCAGAGGCCGUCAACUGAGGCAACGAAGGCGACCCCACCAACGAAUUUGCUGCCUCAUGUCGUUGAGCAUCAGUUCCAGCAACAGAUCUGCAGCUCACCUCUAGACACGCCGCCCAGCUUGAGACUUGACUCCAAUCAAUUCGAAGACAGUAGGUCGUUUGCGGCUGUCGUGCCCGGGGAUCACUACAGACUAGACCUUGCUCAGGACCAUUCGGAGAUGUUGCAACGGUGCACUGAGUCGGAGGCUUUGGCAUACUUAGCAUCUUACUGUUAG